GCUCUUACUGCGGCACAGCGAACAUACAAUGUCACCUCUGCGCUCGCACCUGGCCAACUUGAAAAGUACAAGUGCUUGACCACCGAAAGAUGGCUCAAGGAUUUUGGCAUCCCCGAGUGCAUGCACGAAUGCACUCGCGAAGCCAACAGCAAAGACGGCUGUGCAUACGACGACUUCGCAUGCCACAACAUCAAUUACCAAGUGUACUCUGAUAUCAUUGAGCCUUGUGCAUUCCCUCCGCAGCUCGGAGGCAGCGGUACCUGCACACUCGAGGAGCUGGGCGCUAUCCGACCCAAGGUCGCCGACGCGGGCAACUUCUUCAAUGCGACACUGUAUGCGGCGUAUGCGGACAAGCACUGCGAAGUGCGACUGAGCAUCUUAAAGACGUUGAAGAUCAUCGCGGAUGAGGCCACGAUUAUA